CCAUUCUCCUUCUCUCUCUCUACAACUGUGGUGAACAUAGAGAGAGACACAUUUUGAUGGUUGCGUGAAGCAAAAUCUUGGUAUAUUAGUCUCCAACAAUCUCUCAGUAUCUCACUGUUGUUUCUUGAAGUUAAACACUUCUCGUUCAUUCUCGAAAUGGGCAAGAAAGAUCAGCAGCAAGUUAUAAGAGAUCUCAUCAGAGACAACCCCAAAGUCGAAGCUGUUCUUCAUCUCCUCAGAAAACAAGCUCCGCUGACUGUCAAACAGGAGAAGUUUUGUAACAGUGCUUGUGUGGAGAGGUUUCUGAAAGCCAAAGGGGAGAGUGUGAAGAAGGCAGCCAAGGCACUCAGAGCUUGCCUUUCCUGGAGAAACACCACUGGGACUGAGCACUUGAUAGCAGAUGAGUUCUCCGCUGAGCUUGCAGAAGGCGUUGCCUACGUGUCCGGUCAUGAUGAAGAAUCCAGGCCUGUUGUGAUUUUCCGGUUCAAACAAGACUACCAAAAGCUGCAUUCCCAGAAAAUGUUCACUCGGUUACUGGUUUUCACGUUGGAGGUGGCCAUUCAGACGAUGACCAAAAACGCCGAGCAGUUCGUUCUUCUCUUCGACGCAAGCCUUUUCAGGUCAGCAUCGGCUUUUAUGAACCUGCUUCUGGCUACUCUGAAAAUUGUUGCAGAGUUCUACCCAGGACGGCUCUUCCAGGCCUUUGUAAUUGACCCUCCGCCACUCUUCUCCUAUCUAUGGAAGGGUGUUCGACCGUUUGUUGAGCUUUCUACGGCUACGAUGAUGGUCUCUUCCCUAGACUUCGAGGACUCCAUGGAUUUCAACGACUUCUCCUCCUACCCACGCGCCUCGUCCCUCCGAUUCGACCCUUCAACGGCCAAGAUCGGCGCCUGCUCCUCCUCACGUUUCUCCUUCACUGUCGCGCACCACCAGAUCGACUCCCUCAAGCCGUGGUACCUCAGCCUCACCGACUCGUCGUCCUCCAAGGUCGGCCCCACCACCCCCUCCUCCCUGGGACCCGCCCUCAUCUCCCCUCUAAACGCCAGGUCGUUCUCCUUCGCCUCGCCGGCAGCCAGGACACCACGUGGCACCCUCCACGGCUACGGGAACUCCGCCGCCACCCGGAAGAAUUUCUUCCCGUCGACCCCGCUCCCCCCGCGCUGCCGCCCCAUGACGUCAUCUAGCGAAGGCAGCAGGACCCCCCACCCGCCACGGACCCCGCGGCCGUCGUUCUUCCAGUCCCCGGCGACGUUCUUCCGCAAGCAGGAAUGCCACCACGUCAGCCGAACGGAGAAGUCGCGCGAGUCGUUCGUCCCGUUCCUCAAGUUCUACCGGCGGCCAUACGACGAGAUGAUCUACAGGUCGAAAAUGCGGCCACCACUCGGCGGGCUCAUCUCCAUCGUCUCCCCCCACCUCAGACGCCGCCACGUCUCCAUGUCCCAGCGCUACUGAUGAUGAUUUGAAGAAGAAGAAGAAGAAGAAGAGCACAAGUACAUAGAUCAAGGAAAAGAAUUAACAACUAAUAAUUGAUUAAUAAUUAUAAAAUGUUUUUCUCAAAGUCCAACUCUGGUCGUGCAUGGGUUGAAGAAAUAGAGAGAAAGAAAGAGACAGCGUGCUAGGCAAGGUGUCACCAUGUCUGAUUUUGAGCUCUGUGGUUUUUAAUAGAAGGUUUUGAUUUUCUGCGCAGUAAAAAAAGAAGAGGGAAAAGAAAGUUACGUUUUUGGGUUUCGAAGGCUUCAAAAGUUUUGAAGAAAGCUCGGGAACAAGAUAGCGUGGUCGAAACGGUGAACAACAUUUGCGUUGGAACUCAUCUGCAUGCAUGCCCCCCUUAAUUUUCUGGAAAA